AUGUUCGGGGGAGAAGGGGACAGAAGCAGGGGCGGAAGCAGAAGCCUCGACUACAUGUCCGUCUUGAAGGCCGGGAGAAAUUCGCUUGACAGAAUUGACAAAUAUAUGCGUGUCAAGUUGUCACAUUUUUGUCGGCCCAUCAUGUCUGUGCAUCUUGAUGUAAGCCCUCUUCUGCCCGAGAGAUCCAGAACUGAUACCAUGCGAGCCAACCUUGUUACAUCCAUUUAUUCCGCCUUUAAGUCCAGAGGAUUGGCCGAGAAAACUUGCCCAAGCCUGACACAUUCGCCUCUUAACAGCAAAGUUGAUCCAUUCCACAAUCGGCUGACUUCACAUUUCGGUACCCUAAACUGA